AUACACUUUCCUCAUAUCAACCCUUUCUUUCUUUCUUUCCUUCUUCUCUUUCUUAUUUCUAGUUUCUCUUUUAAAAAAUGGUGCUUGCUGGUAAACUUAGUACUGAAAUUGGGAUCAAAGCAUCCUCUGACAAGUUCUUCAAACUAUUCGCAUCAAAUAUUCACGAAGUGCAAAACAUUUGUGAAAGUGUUCAUGAAACCAAGCUGCAUCAAGGUGAUGAAUGGCAUCACUCUGAUUCAGUUAAACACUGGACUCAUGUCCGAGAUGGUAAGGUAUACACAUGUCAUGAAAGUUUUGAAGAAAUUGAUGAAAAGAACAAAAAAAUCGUUCACAAGAUCUUUGGUGAAGAAAUUGAUGAGCAAUAUAAGGUCUUUAAGCUCAUCAUUGAAGUAAUUGAUAAGGCUGAUGGCACUACUUCUGUUAAAUGGACUGUUGAAUAUGAGAAGAUCAAUGAGGAUAUUGAACCUCCAAAUAGUUGGAUGGAAUACCUUAGCAAAUGCACUCGAGACAUUGAUGCUCAUCUUGUCAAGCAAGCAAAGGUUGCUCCAUAAGUCAUAAGAACUUAACAAAUAAGUGAUUAUAAUGUAAUGGCUUAAUGCAUGGGGUUUGUCUUUCAUCUUUAAAGUUUGUGUGAUUUUUGUAAUGGCAUAUUGCAUAUGCAUAUUGGUUUGUUUUGAUCUUUUGUUUGUAUGGAAUAAAUGUGUCGGUUGAAGAGUGUGUGUCUUCAAUAAAUGGAUUUUUGUGCUUUUUAGUUA